AUGCCCUAUACUGGCGACGGGAGAAGGAACUGGAAUUCAACGACGGAUAACCAGCGCAGCGGAGGUCUCGUCGGCUGGUUCAGUGGGACCACCGGCGCGGCGAAUGCACUGGGUUCGUCCCUGCAGUCCGAGACCCGCAGCGGUGCCGGUGCGAAAGGGAGCCAAAAGGACGGAAUAACCCCGGAUUCGACGCCCACGGCAUCGCGGAGAGGUAUGAACGGGUCCGGUGUUCCUGUUUCAGACCUGUCAACUCCCAAAAAUUCCAUAUCCACAGCCUCUCGCUUCAUGUCAGCCAUAUCUUCGCGCUUCACAACCAUGACACCUACCAAGUCUGAUGUCGAUAUUGAGAGCGAUGAGUUCUACAACCUCCACAUAGAAGCCGCCCUCUUUCCCAAUGGCCCACCAUCAGAUCGCGAUACAUUCUCGCCGGCAGCAUUUAAAAAUCUACAUAUGAAUGCCAUUGGUUUGCUGACCAGGAUGCAAGCCGCCUAUCGUGAGCGUAUGAACACUAUUCGUGAUCUUCAGGCAGAACGAUCUGCUCAGCAGGAUGAGGUCGAGGAAGCAGAGACGCGCUCGCGCCAUCUCAAGUUGCAACUUGAGGACAUGGCGCGCAAAGCACAGGAGCAUGAGCAGAAAUUGAAAGUACUCAUGGAGGAACUUGCUGCCGAGAAGCGUGCAAGAGCUGCGGCUGAGAAGGCCGUUUCGACAGCACUAUCACACUCAGAAAGGGCAUCGAUGAUAAUGGAGGAUCUGGGAGUGGAUGAAGACCGUCGGAGAAGGAGGAACAAGAACAUCAGAAAGAGCUGGAAGAGCGGCGCAUCUUGCGAUCACCUUGAUGAUGAGGAUAUUUCCGACGAUGAAAACGAGAGCGUUACCGAAAGCGAAAGCGUGUUCUCGCGUUGCCGUAGCCCGCUCCCGGCGCCGUCUGCUACCCCCAGUACAGCCGACACUCCCGAUUCUAACGGACAAUCGCAACCCAGGCAACAGGCACCUAGUACAACUGGCACCCCGACAACUACCUCCACACCGAAGCAACCGCAGAAACAUCCUCAACAGUUAAGUGCUUUCCAGAAAAUCUUCCGUGGCAUCACGGGCGACUCGUCGAGUGGAUGUCCCAACUGUAAGGGGCAAGACGCGAGUGUGGCCUGGGACACUGUUAGCCUGCUACGGGAUGAGAACAAGCAUCUCAAGCAGCGGGUGAGUGAGUUAGAGGUGGCAGUUGAGGGAGCUCUAGAUGUGGUUAAUGGCCUUGGGCUUUUGCAGUUGGCCAAGUAA